CUGGGGGUAUAAAUAAGCACUGAUUCGCAGAACACUGAGAGAGACAGGAUUCACCUUGAGUUUUAUACUGGGGAAGGACUCAAAAGAUCAAGCGAGAGGUUGUCAAAAGAAUCAGGAACCAUGAAGGUCCGAUGUCUCGCCCUUCUCUGCGUGCUGAUUGUGUUCUCUCAGAUAGCACACACUGACUGCAGAAGACAGAAAGAGAGAAAGAAAGGGCAAACCGACACAGAUAAAGGUGAAAGGUUAGAGUCCGGAUCCAGCCCCCGGAAUGGGAAGGGGCAGAGCGGCCGAGGGCAGAGAGGUGCCCAUAAAGGCAAGUUUAUAAGCAAGGAGAAGUCUCAGUGCACCUGGACACUCAGUGAAAGAGAGACAGCUACCUUAAAGAUCGAUUGCAAGGAGAAGGAUCGCAACGUGUCCUGUGUGUUUUCAGGCCACCCUUCCACCUGUCCACAGUUUUCAGAAAACAGGAAUGCCUUCUGGAAGCAAAUUACCAGGUCUCUGAAGAAGAAGAAGGACAUCUGUGAGGACCCAAAAGGGAUCCUGAAGUCUCAGGUCUGCAAGAAGGGACCAGCCAGUGCACAUCUUAGAUUGGUGACCUCGCACAAUUCCCAACGAGACAAUCUGGGUCUCCAAGAAAGGGAGACUUUGCCCCCAGCAGCAUCUCCGGAGGCUUCCGAAAAUCUACCAGAACAAGGAUCCAGGGACUGUGUCGAAGAUGUCGAUUAUAUUGAUCAGACGAAAGUGGCUGAAGAAUACUGCUCGGAGACGUGGCUCUCUCUCUGCAAGUUUUUUGUUACGAUGCUACAAGAUAAGAAGUGUAAGUAAAACACAAGACUGCUGGUCGCCAAAUUACGCUACACGAGCAACACGUCUCGGAUUGCGCAAGGCCCAAGGUUGAAACCGUUGUACAUAGUCUGUUGAUUCAUUACAGCUCUGGUCAGCGAACAGUUUUACAAAGAGGUCCGAAGCUGAAUUGCUGGGAAAUCCUGUGAUAAAAACUACUGCUCCCCAUCCUGUGGUCAACUCGUGUGUGUGUGUGUCUGUGUGUGUGUGUGUCUGUGUGUGUGUGUGUCUGUGUGUGUCUGUGUAGUGGGGGAGAUGAUCAGAUUAAACAACUCAGUGGGCCAGAUUUACCACAGGAGUAGCUAGCUAAAGAUUACUACACAACAUGUAUAUAAAAAGUGAAUUGUCAAAACAAACAUUUAAACUUUUUUUCACAGUUUUUUUUUUUGUCCUAGAAUACACCGGCUACCUGUUCACAAAACUGUUAAAUGUUUUAUUUUUUUCCCCAGUGUGAAAAUGAUUUAUAAUAACGCGAUGCAAUUGUUACUUGUGGGUGUUACAGACUUUCUCCUUCCCUGUAUUGUCGAAGGCUUUCACGGCCGGAAUCACUGGGGUGCUGUGUGGUUUCCGGGCUGUAUGGCCAUGUUCUAGCAGCCUUCUCUCCUGACGUUUCGCCUGCAUCUGUG